AGUCCGCUCUCGUGCCGGCCGACCUCCGCCUCUGCUCGGCCAAACAUCCACACAGACCCUGCCGACUCUCCGGACACAUCGCAGGGGGGAGAAAUACUCUGGGACACGACGAGAGAAGAAAAAACAGGCGAAAUAUCCGUGUCGAGGAAAGCUGCCGGUCGCAUUGCAGCAUCUCACAUUUUCUCCCGUCUGUGGCACUUUUUUUUUUGUUUUAACCCCCUAUAAAUAUUUGACUAAAGAGGACGAACAAACUUUGUUCUCCAUGGAAACAUGUAAAAAUCAGCCCGGACACUAAACUUGGACACUUACUGCGCCCUUCUGAGCUCAGCGGGCUGGGCACACUCAACAGGACCGUUAGGAUUUUUUUCUCUAUGCUAGCUUGCUAGGUGGGACCAGGACGUCUUAGUGGAGAACAUUUGUUCGUGUUUACAGGCCAAAUCUUCACGCCACACAACGGAGGAACAUACCAAAGAUGCUGUUGGGGCUGAGUGAGUGGUUCUGGCAGGAGCGGCUGUGGUUUCCAAAGGGCCUGGGCUGGGCUGACCUGGAGGAUCGGGAUGGACGAGUAUACGCUAAAGCCCGCGAUUUAUGGGUGGCACUGCCCAUCGCUCUAGCAUUCCUUAUCAUUCGUCAGAUCUUUGAAAGGACGGUAGCAACCCCUCUGGCUUCUCUACUCGGGGUCAAAGACACAGUACGGCUCAAAGCCCCUUACAACCCCGCACUGGAAUCCUACUACUGUAACAUUGCCAAAAACCCCACACAGACUUCUAUAGCGAGUCUCUGCAAACAGACGGGCUCAUCAGAAAGACAAGUGCAGCGAUGGUUCAGGAGACGAAGGAACCAGGACAGGCCGAGUUUGCUCAAAAAGUUUCGAGAGGCCAGUUGGAGAUUUACCUUUUACCUUCUUGCUUUCAUUGCUGGCCUGGCCGCUCUCAUCGAUAAACCCUGGCUGUAUGACCUGCAGGAGAUGUGGCAGGGCUUCCCUGUGUUGACUCUCCUGCCUUCUCAGUAUUGGUACUACAUGAUCGAGCUGGGUUUCUACGGCUCUCUGCUCUUUAGUGUGGCUUCUGAUGUCAAACGUAAAGACUUUAAGGAGCAAAUAGUUCAUCACGUAGCGACCAUCCUCCUCAUCAGCUUCUCCUGGUGUGUUAAUUACAUCCGUGCUGGGACUCUCAUCAUGCUGGUGCACGACUCCUCUGAUUAUCUUCUCGAGUCUGCAAAGAUGUUCAACUAUGCUGGAUGGCGAAAUGCCUGUAACUACAUCUUCAUCGUCUUUGCUGCAGUCUUCAUAAUCAGCCGCCUGGUCAUCUUCCCCUUCAGGAUAAUUUACUGUACGUGGGUGUAUCCAGUGACCAUCUAUGAACCCUUCUUUGGCUACUACUUUUUCAAUGGCCUUCUGAUGGUUCUACAGUGUCUACAUAUCUUCUGGGCUGUCCUCAUCAUACGCAUAGCUGUCCGCUUCCUCACCAACAACGAAAAAGUGGACGAUGAAAGGAGCGACAAAGAUGAAACAGAUGAAUCAGAAGAGGAGGAGGAAGAGGAGGCGGGGUUUAAAAAGGACUCAAAGAAAAAUGGACCAUUGCUGAACGGUCACACAGUCCACAACAACAACCACAGCAAGAAGGAGUGAACGUAAAACGAGUGACAGGACGCAGGAACUUGAGAAGGACUCAUAUCCCUCAGCAGGGGAGCAGAAGGGAGGGAUGAAGAGAGAGAGAAAGAAGGGGCAUGGGGUUAGGGAGGGAGGGGGGACAUGUCAUUCCCUAAAAAACACAGAGCUGCAGGUAUGUUGUAGAAAUGUGACACUGAUACUUCUGCACAACACAAAAAACACUUUCACAUGCGCGCACUGUUAGAGGGCACAGAGAUCCAGCAGAUGAUAGACACUACGUUACGUUCGGUGGCACGGCUAUUCUGCUUUGUCACAUGUUGUUGUCAGUGUGAUGUCAGUCCCAAACUUUUCAAAGAGACAGGAGAGGAAAUGGAGAGGAGCAAAGUGAUGGGAGGACAUGGGGGGGUGAGGCUGCUUCUACUUUAGCUUUCCUUGUUCAGUGUGCCUUAGAGCCAGCUAACAGCUGUUAAAAUGCCAUUUCAAAGCUUUCUGCUUUGAUCCUGUGUUGCUUUAUGUUCCUUUUUUUGUUUUCUAUUAAAAGAACAAAAGAAGAUGAAAGUGAAUUUUUAUGAAAGUGAGACAAUGGGGCAUUUAUUUUCCUAUUUUUUCUGUCUAUGCAAUGACAUAAAUGUUCAGCUAUUACACCGUCUUUGCACAAAUGACUCUUAUACUGUAAGAGUGUGCAGUAGGACUGUGUGCCUCUGCUCUUUAAUGAUGCCUGUGCCAUUUAUAUAAAAAAGUCUGCCUUGCUAGGUAAAAGGAGCUACUUUGGUGUCACUUUUGUAGAUAAACUGCCAGAAAAAUGUACUUUUAAAGCUCCUGUGAGGACUUUUUAGCUAGCUGACAUUAAUUCUGAUGCCUCUUUAUGACCUGAAAAGGCAAAAAGAGAUCAUCAGGGAGAAGAUUGAUUAUUUCGGUAUGGUUAAAUGUUCAUGUCAGUAAAUAUGCUGCCACUGGAUAGGUGCUAGAGGAUGUGAUUAACAGCAUGCUGCCAAAACAGCCUUUUUUAUGAAAAUCUUCAAAGCAAGGAUUAACAGUGAAUGAUGUUUGAAUGUUAAGCCAGCCUGAUGAUAUUAUUUCCCAUAAAACACUAUUUAUUUAUGAGCAGGGAAAGUUCAGCAAAGAGACAACCACUUUGUAUACAGGGGGCACUGAAAUCAAAACGAACCAAAAGUUCCUCACACGAGCUUUAAUUUCUUUUAAUUUUUUAAUCCUGGAUAGCUUAGUAAAGUCGUUUCAGUUUCCAAAAGAGACAUCACUAACAUGUAUUUGCUCUUCUAGCUUAUAAGAAUGCCCAGAAAUGUAAUGCAAUACAAAUCUCAGCUUCCUGCCAGUUUUGAUGGAUAAUAGGGUAUUUUCCUCUCUGGUUUGGUUGAAGCCAGGAUUGUAAUAAUACACUCAACUAAUAGGAUGAUAUGCAUCAUGAUGCUGGGUUCAUCAUGCAAAUUUAUCAAGAUUCUCUACAGUGUUUUUAAUAUUUACAAGUAUAUUAGACAGUAGUCAAUGCACAAAGAAAUAGUGCUGUUUUAUUUCAGUUCCCUGAUGUUCUGAACACCAAAAUUUGCUUCCAUUGUGUCAUUAUGCCCUUCUUCUUCAGAUAAAGACCCUAAAGAGAGCAGUCAAAAGAGUACUGUUAUGUAUAUUGUUGUCAAAUAGGCUCAUCCAUCCAUCUAUUCUCUAUACUGCACUGCACAUACUGGUUAGGGAUGCACCCAGCUGUCACUGGGUGAGAGGCAGGGUAAACCUGAAACAGGGCUUGCAUGUAGAGACAAACAACCAGCUAUGCUCAGACUCUGACCUAUGGGCAAUUUAGAGUCAACAACCAGCCUAGCAAGUCUGAUUUUAGGAAGCCACACAUGCAAACUCCAUUAGGACCCUCUCUGACAGGGAUUUGAACCAAGAAGAGGUGACAACACUAACCACUGCUCCACUGUUUAGUCCUCCAAUCAAUUCAAUUGUUUAUACUUUUCAGUUUUUGAUUAUACUCCCAGGUAUAUUCACAUUCCUAACUGAAGCUGUUUGAUCCAGCUAAGUCACAAUGCUUAUGCCUUCCCCUGAAAACCAAUGACUCUUGGUAAAAUCAAGGCAAAGGUGGGUUUCUUUGUGGGAAUACAGGGGUUUACUAAAGCCAAUGGAAUGUGACAGAUGAACCACUUCCAAGUUGUACAAACAUGAACCAGAUUUCUCCAAUUCACUGCCUUGUAGCCUGGGUUAGAUUUUUUUGCACCUGGGUAAAAAUUUAAAUUUUGAUCCAUGAGAAUGAUUUGAAGUAUGAUUCUGUAUAUGAAACGGGUUUACAGGUAUUCUAUUUGUAAUCAUUUUUUAGCAGGCAGUGAUUGAGCUUUGAGACUGAGGAGUUCAUGAAAUGAGUGUUGCUGUUUUGUUGUCAUGCUUUAAAUUUGUUUGUAUGUCAAGUGCCUUAUCUGUAAUGCAUGGGAAGCUCUCUCUCCUGUCUUUAUGUCCUCUCCUUUUCUUUCCUGCCUCCACCGCUUCACAUCAGAGACUAGUAUCACCUCCCUCCUUUAAAUCAUCCAUCACUCACUUCUCUCCUUAUCUUCAUGAAUCACACUUUCCUCUUAAACUCAGCCUCAUUCCACCCCCACAUUGUUUUUUCUUUUUUUUACUAACCCAGACCAACCAGCAUCCUCCUUCAUCCUCCCCGGUGAUACAGAAGAAACAGCUGUGUCCUAAUUACAGUGUUAUAUUAUUUUUUUUGUAUUUUUUUUUUUUGUUUGACAACUAAGUAUUGUUAUUAAUAAUAAAUACAAAGAUCAUGAAUCACA